CCUGAUUCACAAAAGGAAGUCCCUCCCUGUUUUCUUUCCGCAGUUGAUCCAAGUUUUGCAGAAUCCAGGGGUUCAGGAUCGGAUUAAACCAGGAUCUCCAGCAUGGCCAAGUGUUCAGGAUGUGGACCGGGAUACCGCAGCCCGCUGGAUGCCAUGGAGGGUCCGCGGGAGGAGAUUGUCUACCUGCCCUGCAUCUACCGUAGCACCGACACCCAGAAACCGGACUACCUGGCCACCGUUGACGUUAAUCCUAAGUCCUCCACCUACUGCCAGGUGAUCCACCGCUUGCCGAUGCCGAACCUGAACGAUGAGCUGCAUCACUCUGGCUGGAACGCCUGCAGCAGCUGCUUCAACGACCCGUCCAAGUCCCGAAACCGCCUGGUCUUGCCAUCCCUGAUCUCCUCCAGGAUCUACGUGAUUGACGUCGGGACCAAUCCCAGAGCCCCCAAAAUCCACAAGAUGGUGGAGCCCAUCGAUCUGUACUGGAAGUGCGGCCUGGCCAACCCUCAUACCAGCCACUGUCUGGGCAGCGGUCAGAUCAUGAUCAGCUGCAUGGGAGAGCCAGCAGGCGGAGGCAAAGGUGGCUUCGUCCUGCUGGACGGUGAGACGUUCGAGGUGGUCGGUAACUGGGAGCAUCCAGGUGAAGCGGCACCUUUCGGCUAUGACUUCUGGUACCAGCCACGCCACAAUGUGAUGAUCAGCACCGAGUGGGGAGCGCCCAAAGCUCUGAUCCACGGCUUCAACCCGGCUCAUGUCAAGGAAGGUCACUAUGGAUCUAGCCUCCAUGUUUGGGACUGGACCACCCACAGGAAGCUGCAGACUCUAGAUCUGGGAGAAGAUGGUGCCAUUCCUUUAGAGAUUCGAUUCCUCCAUGAUCCAAAUGCCACUGAGGGCUAUGUGGGAUGUGCUCUCCGUGGAUGUGUCUUCAGAUUCUACAGGACCCUGAAAGGUGACUGGGCUGCAGAGAAGGUCAUCAGUGUUCCAAGUAAGAAGGUGGAGGGAUGGAUGCUGCCUGAGAUGCCAGGCCUGAUCACUGACAUCCUGAUCUCAUUGGACGAUCGUUUUCUCUACUUCAGUAACUGGCUGCAUGGUGACAUCAGACAGUAUGACAUCACAGACCGCAGGAACCCUCGACUGGUUGGCCAGGUGUUCCUGGGAGGAAGCAUCAUCAGUGACGGACCAGUCAAAGUUCUGGAGGACCCAGAAAAACAUGGGCAGAUCCGCCCACGCAUCAUCAAGGGGAAGCGUGUCUCUGGAGGUCCUCAGAUGCUGCAGCUCAGUCUGGACGGUCGCAGACUUUAUGUGACCACAUCUUUGUUCAGCGGUUGGGACAAACAGUUUUACCCCGACAUGAUGAGAGAGGGCUCGGUCAUGAUGCAGAUUGAUGUGGACUCCGACCAAGGCGGUCUCUCUGUGAACGAGAACUUCCUGGUCGACUUUGGUAAGGAGCCCGAUGGUCCGGCUCUGGCCCAUGAGCUUCGGUACCCGGGGGGAGAUUGCACGUCUGACAUCUGGAUCUGAACACAUCUGCAGCUAAAGUUCUGACUGGAUCAGAUCUGCUUUCAUUUUCACACCAAUAAACCUGAUAUUCAUUCAUUAUUAGUGAUCAUCAUAAAUCUUAUUAUUUCUGGAAAUGUUCUGAUUCCAUUAUGAGGGUCAAUCACCUACCCUCUGUGGACGGUCUGUCUGGAGACCCAAACAUUUUACAGAACAAACUGAAUCUUAAUUUGUGUGUAGCUGUGAGUCCUGAGAUCAUUUCUGUGGAAUUGAAUAAAAUAAAGCGAUAACCUGA